UUGAAAGGUACUGUUUGAGAUGAAUAUUUGCAGGAGAUUGGAUUCAAUCAAAUGUAGUUACGAAGGAGGUAUUCUUGGGAGAGGUAAUCACUAAUCCCUUUUUGCCUUUUCUGAGUCUGAUAUUCCUGUCAAUUACAAUUUUCUUUUUUCCUUUCCUUUUUUUUUUUGGAAGGUAUUUAUAAUUUCUUUCUAACUUCAUGGCCUUCAUGUGUUGUUUUUUCUUUACCUCUAGUGUUAUAUUCACCAUUUCAGGAGAUUUUUGUGUUGUUGUUUAUCCAAAGUUAGGGUUUUGAAGAGAGUUUCUGUCUUUCCUGUUUCUGGAAUAUGAUGAAGUUUUGCAUUAACCUUUCAAGUCGAGUGUCUUUAAUUUGGAGAAUGAGUUUGUUGAUACCUUACUUUAAAUAAUCAUCCUUUUUAUGACAGCAUGCCGUUCCUUUUUCCAUUCAUUUCCUGAGGCUGUGGAGGUUCAUUCCCAAGAGCAGGAGGUUGUUAUUGCUUUGGGAAGCAAUGUUGGUGACAGACUUAACAAUUUUGAUGAAGCUUUACAUGCAAUGAGGAAAUCAGGAAUAGAGAUCAGGAGGCAUGGUUGUUUGUAUGAGACUGCGCCUGCUUACGUGACUGAUCAGCCUCGCUUCCUCAACUCUGCUGUGCGAGGCAUCACGAAACUCGGUCCUCAUGACCUGCUGGGAGCCCUUAAGAAGAUUGAAAAGGACUUGGGUCGCACUGCUGGGAUUCGAUACGGUCCAAGGCCGAUUGACUUGGAUAUCUUGUUUUAUGGAGGGUUCAAGAUAAAUUCUGAUAUUCUUGCUGUACCACAUGAAAGGAUUUGGGAAAGAUCUUUUGUCAUGGCUCCAUUGCUGGAUGUACUGGGCACAGAUAUCGAAAGUGACACAGUUGCUUGCUGGCAUUCAUUUGCAAAACAUCCUGGUGGACUUUUUGAAUCUUGGAGUAAACUUGGUGGUAAUUCGCUUUUUGAAAAAGAGGGGAUGAUGAGGGUUUUACCAAUUGGAAAUCGCUUGUGGAAUUGGUCGGAAAGAACCUGGGUAAUGGGCAUUGUUAAUUUGACUCCUGAUAGCUUCAGUGACGGGGGAAAAUACCCCUCAGUCGAGGCUGCAGUUUCUCAAGUUCGUUUGAUGCUGUCAGAAGGUGCAGACAUCAUUGAUUUUGGUGCACAAUCGACACGUCCAAUGGCUUCCAGGAUUUCUGUUCAGGAAGAAUUGGAUAGACUGCUUCCUGUCCUUGAAGCUGUUAGACAAUUGCCAGAGAUGAAAGGCAAGUUAAUCUCAGUGGAUACAUUCUACUCUAAGGUUGCUUUGGAAGCAGUCAAAUCGGGGGCUGACUUGGUGAACGAUGUAUCUGGUGGACAGUUAGAUCCUGAAAUGCACAAGGUUGUUGCAGCUCUCAAAGUUCCCUAUGUUGCCAUGCACAUGAGAGGUGAUCCUUCUACAAUGCAGAAUAGUGAAAAUGUGCAGUAUAGUGAUGUUUGCAAAGAAGUAGCAUCCGAGCUAUGCUCUAGGGUUGGGGAAGCUGAGUUAUCAGGUAUUCCUGCUUGGAGGAUUAUUAUUGAUCCUGGCAUUGGUUUCUCUAAAAAAACAGAACAAAAUCUAGAGAUUCUCAACGGCUUGCCAACCAUUCGAGCUGAGAUUGCUAAAAAGAGCCUAGCCACAUCCCAUGUUCCUAUGCUUAUUGGACCCUCUAGAAAGAGAUUCUUAGGAGAAAUCUGUGCACGUUCUGCUGCAUCCGAGAGGGAUGCAGCAACUGUUGCCUCCAUAACAGCUGGAAUUUUAGCGGGUGCAAAUGUUGUGAGAGUUCACAAUGUAAAAGACAAUGCAGAUGCUGCUAAGCUCUGUGAUGCAUUACUUCAAAAGAGAAGAGUUGUUUCCUAG